AAACGCAGCGCGCUGACGACUCUGCGUUGUCAACCGUUGAAGCUUGUGGUCUCGUUUUUGUUCUAAAUUUCGGUGAUUAUUUUUCCACGAUCCUCCUCUCGAUAAGAAAAAAAAAAUUGCAAACCGUAAACGAUUCCGAGCACGUCUCGCGACAUCCUCGGAUAAGCCACCAUGCAGAUCUUCGUGAAGACCCUCACGGGUAAGACCAUCACCCUCGAGGUAGAGGCCUCCGAUACCAUCGAGAAUGUCAAGGCGAAGAUACAGGACAAGGAGGGAAUUCCGCCGGAUCAACAGCGACUCAUCUUCGCCGGCAAACAGCUGGAGGACGGACGUACUCUUUCCGAUUACAAUAUCCAGAAAGAAUCGACCCUCCAUCUGGUACUUCGUCUCCGAGGAGGCGUCAUUGAGCCCACGCUGCGUAUACUCGCACAGAAGUACAACUGCGACAAGAUGAUCUGUCGCAAGUGCUACGCCCGUCUUCAUCCGCGAGCGACCAAUUGCCGUAAGAAGAAGUGUGGCCACACGAAUAAUAUCCGACCAAAGAAGAAGUUGAAGUAGAUUGAAACACCUCAAUUCUAUUUUCCAUGUUACGGAAAUGGAAAUAUAUAUUUCUUACAUAUGGCACCAAUAAACUACAACUGGUAAACUGA